ACAAUCUAUUACAGUUUCGAAAUAUAAAAAAGGAGAAAAAAAAGACUUUAAACAAACAUGGACACAAAACUUCUGAAUGUUAAUGAGGAUGGAUAUGACGGUCAGCUACAUGCUACUGAACAAAACGUCAACAUCGUAGAUAAGAAAGUUGACGAGGAACUUAAAGCAGGUGAUAAGAAAGCAGACGAAGACCUAACGGCAGAAGAAGAGAAAGUUGGCAAGGAUCUUGCGACUGCAAAUAAGAAAGCUGGCGAAGACCUAAUGGCAGGAGAUAAGAAAGUUGACAAGGACCUUCAGUUACGAGAUAAGAAAGUUGACGAAGACCUUCAGUUAGGUGAUAAGAAAGUUGACGAAGACCUUCAGCUAGGUGAUAAGAAAGUCGACCAAGACCUUCAGUUAGGUGAUAAGAAAGUUGACGAAGACCUUCAGUUAGGUGAUAAGAAAGUCGACCAAGACCUUCAGCUAGGUGAUAAGAAAGUCGACCAAGACCUUCAGUUAGGUGAUAAGAAAGUUGACGAAGACCUUCAGUUAGGUGAUAAGAAAGUUGACGAAGACCUUACCGCAGCAGAAGAGAAAGUUGACGAGGCUCAUGGAUCUGGGCCAAACGCCAGCAAAUCUUCAGAGACGAGAGUCACGGCUAAGAAAGUCAAUACCUGCAGCGCUUGUCUGAGGUCAGGGGUCAACUUGUCGCGCUGCUCCCAGUGUAAAUGUGUCUACUACUGUAACGUCUCCUGCCAGAGACAAGACUUCAAUCUCCACAAACUAGGCUGCAAAGCCGCGCCUAAAUUCUACGCCGCCCGAGCGAAAAUCAACCCAGCCAUAUUGUACGCAGCGAAUCUAGGAGCCAUGGGCGUCAGGCCAAUAUCCCACUUUUUACGUAACAUGCCGACUGAACAAGAGUAUCGGCGAAUUGGGUCAAGAUAUUCAAUAUUUGUAGAGAUUACCGGCCUGUACUUCCAUCCCCUUAGACAGGCAAUCACUGUAGAGGAUCAAGAAGGGGUCAGCACCCACCUCAUCUUCUACACAGACUCGGACAUAGUGUACCACCAGGACAUGGUCGUCACACCCCUCUCCUUGAAGGUCUGCAACCAGCCUGGGUACUUCCUGCUCCUGUGGGACGCCUGCUGGCAUGACUUCCUGGAUGGGAAGCGAGGCAUUCGCAUCGAUUCGCUGGAGAAAGUUACCUACGUUUUUACAGAAGGCAUCAACUCGUUUGCCUUCUUUGUCUAA